AUGAAUGCCACCUUGGACUUUCCGGGUAAUUGUCAAACUAAUGCGUACACUCUGAACGACUUUGGUGAAAUAGCCUACAUUGUAUGCACAGCAGCCAACCCACCGACCCAAGACCCCUCAGCAUUUGUCGCCGCACCUGAGAAUAUCCUGGCCAGGCUUCGCGCCACUGAACGCCAGUUUAGAGAGAACUCCAUUCUUGCUGCCCUCGAUGUCGAAGCCCGACAGCUGUUCACCUUCUACAAGAAGGUCGAUAUCACGGCUCCAAAGGAUCAGAAGGCCUUGCUGAUGAAGUUUGGUUUCGUUCUUCGAAGCAACAGCUGUACCAUUGCGUACAAGACUGCUGCUCGCUUACCAGAUUUGAUGAAACCAGAACAAGCCCGUCUGUACCGGUUGUUUAUUACCGCCAUCGUCUCUAGUGUCAAGCUCAUACCUGUUGGCAAUACUGCCCUUCAGCCGAUUGGCUCCAAUCUCUACUUGGUCGAGACUGCUCCACCUGCAACCGAGCACGACAAUUUUGCAGAAAGAAGACCAUGGGUGCUCUAUCGCAUAGACUUGCAGGUGGUCUUGAACGGACAUAUCGUCUUGACCAUUGCGAAAGACAGCACAUUCUCGUUCUUGCCCCUCCAUCAUUGUCUUGCCGGAACCGAUGGGGAAGCACGCGAGUCGGACUUCAGAGCCGUCUACCUUGCACCAGUUGGGCGCAUUGCACGAGUGUCGCGAUCAAAACUCGCUUCCCAGAGAGAUAUGAAUGGUGACCUGGCUGAAAAAAACAGCGGCGAGGCUCGGGUCUCCGAUGCUCGAAGGGAAAUGUGGAGGGACCUACUCCCCUCGUGGUUGAGAGAGCAUAUGGAUAUUGCUAUCAAAGCAUCAGAUGUGCCCUGGGUUGAGGCUGAAGUGCCUGUCGAAGAGCUUGGCCACAGCUCGAAUGGCAAUCAAGCAGAAGUUGCUAAUGAAGAAGUUGGCCUCGGCGACCCGAUCACCUGGAGAUCAAUCUUUUGGCCCGCAAACCUCUGUUUUGUCCUUGAGGGGGGCUCAUCGGCACAAACGGGCAUCACCGAAGUUGACGACGACCCCAUGCAAUUUGUAGGAGACUGGAUUCUCGGCAUCGGUAGCGCCCCAUCCAAAAGCGAAACUGGACGCCAGGUCUUGAAGGAGGAUGAGGAGGAUGAACCGUUGUUUGCCGACGACGGCACAUUCGACGAUCCCGAACACUUCCAACCAUUUGGACCUCCUACAUUCCCCGCUAGUCAAACAAUAUAUCCCACCCCACCUGAUGUGGGUAUAACCCAUCCGACCCCAGGCAUCUCCUCUGUCGAUGGGGUUGUGAUGACUCCAGCGAAUCUGCUCGGCGGCUCUGCUGAAUUGGCCCAGCAAAGAGAUGAGGAGAUGCCAGACUUUGAUGAUGUGCCACCAACCACUGGGAUGUCCGGAUAUUAUGACGAAGACCUUUUUGAAGAGAUGCCGGACGACAACUUCGGCCAGGAAGCAAACGGUGACGAGCCUAAUUGGGACUUCUUCGAUGGCCCAGGUGUCCAACCUAAACAGUCGCGUAGCGCGAGCCACAGUCGAAAGGAAGGCUCAACGAGCCGUGGCGAUCCCAGACAAGAGCAAGUCGAUCCCAGCGAUGCGAAGACUGCUGGACGCCAGCUCUCAGAUUCACUUGAUCCCGUGAAGAAUGAGAUAUUCACCGUGGAUGGUUCGCCACAUAUACCGACAGGUGCUCAGCCGCAGAUGCCUUCAGGCCAGACUGCCGUGAAGGACACUGUCAUGUCGCUAGAUGAUAAUAAGAGAACUCAAAGUCCUCCCAAGCCAGCACCUCCAUUGUGGAGAAGCGAGCAGGGUAAGAGCACUACUUCGACCACCAACACUCGGCGGCGUUCAUCGAUUUAUGACGGUCCCAAGGCCCUCCAUUCGAUCCCCAUACACGAUAGCAGAUACGAUGCAGAAGGGGACUAUUGGUUUAAUCCGUUGCCAGUUGUUUCGAGGUCAACAAGGCGGCCCAAAUCCAGCUCGAUGUUCGAAAGACCUUCCAGCCCAUCUGAGAGUGAUAGCUCCAUGACCAGUUCCAGUCAGUCGCCCAAGGCCAAUGUCUCGGCCAACGUACUGCCUCCACUUUUCCGACAAUGGACCGAAUACGAUCCGGGUACGCAAGACACCAACAGCCACCAGAAAGAGCUUGACAAGACGACAAUUCAACAAGAAGUCCAACAGCUUCUAGGUCUUCUGAAACCGGGCCUGGUGGAACCUCCCACGGUAACUGAUUUCGAGCUGGGGCAUGGAGAUGCUCGUCAAACUCCCCCCCUUACCUCGCAGAAAUCCCAGCACGUGGCCCAAGUGUUGGUCGAUCAAAUGUCCCAGACAUCUCUGCUUGCUCACGAAAAAUAUCAGGGCGACAUGCGGAAUAUUUUCGACGGUUGUAUCGAGACGAAUGUUGAUUUGAGCGGAAUCAAUACUUCUGCAGGCCCGUCAAAUUUGUUUCAACUCGUCAAUCUCAAAGCCGAACACAGCAGCGCAAGGCUACAAGGGCGUGUGACCAAGAUCAGGCCGAGUCAAAUAUGUCUAAGACGUAUCGAAAGGCCUCUCACCGCAAAUAUAUCCAUAAUGAAUUUCUGGGAUACCCUUGAUCUUCAGCCCGCAAACGGCCAGAAACAUAUUACCGCUUUUUGCAUACACCCACGCCCAGCAAAUAUCAGAGACGGAAGUCUUAACCUGUUACAGAGACUUUCGGAUUCUUACACCACUUGUGAUCUUGGGACUCAUACUAUCGGACACCUCCCUGGCGUUACAGAUGACGGAUUGAUAUGCUGGAACCCAGAGGAUCCAGGAGAACGCAGUCUGAUUCAAUGCACGGCCAUGGUCGGAAGCGCUCUGGCGGCGACGACAGGCAUAACUGGCACCGUCGUUGUCUACAUGGUUAGUAGGAGCGACAGUCCGACGGCAUAUCUAGAGAUGUGUAUUGCAUUUUACAACCUCUUCGAGGCGUUUUCAAAAGCUCGCACCAAUAGUCUGUGCGUUUCGGACCUCCAAUUGCAGAUCAUCCCACAGAGUUUCAUUGCGAACCCGGAGACACUGGUCAUUCACCCACAGACCGCUUACCUCAAGCUGGCCGUCGAGGUCUACAACCGGCUUCCACCCCUGGGUCCUACGGGACAUCCAUCUGCUUGUGGAUCGGCUGUUGUCCUCUCCAGGUCAGAAAACACCGUGCGCUUACAAUUGUCACCCACAUAUGUCUCGCCCCUGGAGAAGAAUGGUCCUUGUCUCCACCUGGCAUACUCCAUGAGUCUGGACAAGAAGUGGCUUGUCGCAGUUUGGACAGAUGAGCUGGGCCACAUCGCGCUUAGUAUGUCUUAUUGUUCUCACGUGCGCGUGUCGGGCAGAAAGAGGCCUAGACACGAGAUACUGAAAGAGAUGUGGGAGGUGUCUCAUGACCUCAUGAGCAAAGUCCGCGGAGCAUGGCGACUGGCUAUUGUACGGCACGGCUACUAUGAACCAGCAGAGAUACUGGAGUGGCAUCAGGUUGUCGACCAAUCCCCUGCACCUCAGAAACAAUGCCUGUUCUUGCUCUUUUCCAUCCAGCUUCAGCCAGAACUGGCAGUGUUUUCACCACCAGCGCACGGGAAAGCUCCCCCGGCUGGUUCGCACAAUCAAUAUGGGACACCUGUCUCGACGCCACAAGCCAGCAUGACGUCUCCAGACCAGGCUGUCCCAGCUACGCCCACGCCGGGUGGCAGCUCGCUCAUGAAUGCUUCGACUCCUCCUGAUCCCGGUUUCGACCCAAGUGCCGAGAGCGAUCUUACAAUAGUCGAUCCAUCUGAAGAUAGCUGGGGGAUCAUUCUUCCAUAUGGCAUCAAUCAGUCCAGGAGUAUGACAGAGCUCCGUCCCUCUCAAGUCACAGGAUUCCUCAUGAAACGCCGAGGGUAUAGAAGCGAGGAUGGAUAUAACAUGAUUGAGAUCAGUCUCGUCACAUCGAUAGCCCCAACUUCCAACAAGCCUAACGAGAUCAUGCCGGACGAUUUACUGGACGAUGUCAUCAGACAAUAUCGUGGCCUUGUAACCCUUGGAGCUAGUCGAGGCUGCGUGGAGCCCAAUCGCGAAUGCCUUCCCUGGCAUAUAGCAACCGCGAUCCGAGGCGCCCGGAUACUUGAGCAGGCCAUGUAA